AUGGAAGAGAUGAUGAAAAAGAUGAUGGGUGAUAUGCAGAAGAUGAUGAUAGACCAGCAAAAGUUGAUAGCAGAUAAUCCGAAUCGCCAUUUGGUUGUGCGGAAUUUAGAGAGGCAGAUGGGACAGAUAGCUGGUGCACAAAAUACUAGACCACCCGGAAGACUUCCAAGUGAUACGGAUGUGAAUCCCAAGCCUUGUAAUGUUGUGACUCUUCGAAAUGGGAGAGAACUAGAGGAAGUGGCUCCUAAGAAAACCAGUCGAGUAGAAGCUGAAAAAGAGAAGAUUACCGAGGAGAUGAUUGAAGAAGAGAGGGUAGUCAAGACACCAGUGGCAAAGCAGCCACCGCCCGUGGUUGCAAAGCCACCACCCCCAUUCCCUCAACGUCUGGCAAGACAGAAAGAAGAGGCUACUUACAAGAAGUUUUUUUAUUUGCUUAAACAGGUACACGUGAAUGUCCCAUUGGUUGAUAUGCUACAGGGUAUUCCAAAGUAUGCUAAGUACAUCAAAGAUAUUGUUGCAAACAAAAGCCGAUUCGCAGAGUAUGCCACCGUUGCACUUACUGAGGAGUGCACUUCGCGGAUUCAAAACAGGUUGCCCACUAAAUUGAAAGAUCCCGGAAGUUUCACGAUUGAUAUUUCUAUUAGGAAGCUGGUUGUCGCUCGAGCACUAUGUGAUCUUAGUGCAAGUAUAAAUUUGAUGCCUUCAUCUAUCUUCAGAAAGCUAGGUUUGGGAGUGCCCAGACCAACCACUAUAGUUCUUCAGCUGGCGGACAGAUCGUUAGCAAGACCAGAAGGCAUUAUUGAAGAUGUACUGGUGCAAGUGGGGUCGUUGAUAAUUCCUGCAGACUUCGUGAUUUUGGACUUCGAGCCAGACCCGGAAGUCCCAUUUAUUUUGGGGCGUCCAUUCUUGGCCACAGGGAGAGCACUUAUUGAUGUACCUACCGGGCAGCUCACCAUGAGAGUACAUGAUAAAGUUGAGGUCUUCAAUGUAUACCAAGCUCUGAAGAUGCCUGCAAUCUAUGAGGAGCUGUCCGCCAUUACUGUUCUGAAUGAUGAUACACGAAGGCCACUCAUCACUUCUCAUGAUCCAUUGGAGAGAGCCUUGGUGGGGGAUGAUAUUUUUGGUGACACAUCGGCGGUUGAGAUGGUGCAGAUUCUGGAUAUGGCAAGUAUUUAA